AUGACUCAUUUUCAUCCAUCUAAGUCUCAACAACAAAAUUCAAAAAAAUUAAAAAAAAGUCAUCAAUAUAGUUCAACAAAUUUUGGUGCAUUUAAAUUUCCAUUAGAAAUUCAUACUACUCAAAGAAAAAUAAAUCCUGAAAUGGUUUCUUCUAUUAAAAAAUUAGACAUGAACCAUCUUACUGCUGAUAUUAUUGAACAACCACAAACUGCACGUACAGCAGAAAAUAGGAAUGGCAUUGAAAUAGAAGAAAGGUAUAAAGGAAAGACUUUGAAACAAUCUACUGAUAUUUUAAAUUCUUUAACAAAAUUAAAGCCCAGAAGAAGAUCAAGGUCAAUGGCAUCAGAAGUUCCUAUUACUAUUACAACUCCAAAACUAAAAGGAAUAGAAAUGUAUUAUGAAGUAUUAAAACAAUGGAAUCAAGCUCAAUCAUUAAGUAUUAUUUAUGAUUCUUCUCAAUAUCCAUUUAAUAAAAAUGAAUUUAUUCAUUCAAUAACAAAUAAGUCAUCAUUAUUCUUUAUAUUCCAAACACAGUCUGAUCUUUUUGGAUUUUAUUUCGGUUCUUCAAUAUCUGCAUUUGAUAAAUAUUUAUCUGACGAUUACCAUUUCAUUUUUACACUUCAAACCUCUUUGUCAAAUGUUCCAACUCGAUGGUUCCCUUCUGCAAAACGAUCAAAAUAUAUCCUUAAUAUCCCUCUUAAUUCAAGUCCAAUUCUUUUAAGAGUAAAUUAUAAAGGCUGUCUUGUAAUUGGUUAUCCUGAUACAGAAACCAGUGAGUUGUUGGACAUUGGAUCUUCAUAUAAAAACCUUAAAAGUGAUUCUUUCAUUGGAAGAAAUUUUAGUAAAUUCAGUAUUAAAAACAUUAUUAUACUCCAAUCUCAGAAUUAA